UUUUAUGACUUUGGAGCAUUUCAAGCCGUGUAGUCAAAGUUAGGAUCAAAGAGAUCCGGGUAGAUAGAAAAGUUGAAGAGACUUUGAGAUAAUUGUGAACAUAUCCAUCCACAUAUAGUCUGUUUUCAGAUGUAUUUAGUUUUGGGGGUUUCGGUUCGGUUAUAUCUUCAUCUGUAAACGGUAGAAGGGCGAUGUUGCUCUUUUUAAAUCCUCCUUCCCCUCUUUCUCCCUCUGCUUUCAAUACUUCAUUGUUUUCAUUGUUCUAUUCUUCUCCCUAGACUUUCCAUUUUCCCACGUUUGGGUGAAUGGAAUAUUAAGUUCUUACAGUAGGCCAUGGACACUUGGAGUUUCUUUCGUUUCAAGGGCUUUGUGUGGUUUUCUGUUGUCCUUCUGUCUGAAAAAUGUUUCGCUAGCAUUCAAAGUAUUGGAAAAAUUCAGCCUGGGUUUCAAGCGUCUCAGAUGAGAUAUAUUGAUAAUGGUGGGAAAUUUCUUUUAUCGAACAACAGUCAAUUUUCUUUUGGCUUCCACCCAACCUCAGAUGUCACGUUAUUUCUACUAGUAAUCAUUCACACGCAGAGUUCAAGAAUAGUUUGGUCUGCCGAUAGAGGUUCCCCAGUUGCAAAUUCUGAUAAUUUUGUGUUCGAUGAAAAGGGGAGUGUGUUCUUGCGAAAAGGAGACACUGUGGUUUGGUCAGUAGAAACUGGUGACAGAGGAGUUUCUGCUAUGGAAUUGCAAGACUCGGGGAAUUUGAUUUUUCUUGAGAAUGAAAGUACAGUAAUUUGGCAGAGUUUUAGUCAUCCCACGGAUACCCUAUUAUCGAACCAAGAUUUUGUUGAAGGACUUAAACUUGUAAGCAAUCCUAACUCCAAGAACUUGACAUAUAUUCUUGAGAUCAAGUCAGGCGACAUGAUACUUUCUGCUGGUUAUCAAACUCUCCAGCCUUACUGGUCUAUGGGAAAGGACAGCAGAAAGAUUGACAAUAAAGAUGGUGGCUUGGUCGCUGUUGCAUCUCUCAAUGCUAGUUCAUGGAGGUUCUAUGAUAAAAACAGUGUCCUAUUGUGGCAAUUUAUUAUUUCGGGCAACACAGACUCAAAUGUCACUUGGAUUGCAGUCUUAGGAAAUGAUGGCUUUAUCUCUUUCUACGAUCUCCAAGAUGGGCCAUCAAAUGGUGCUUCACCAACAAAAAUACCAAGCGACCUUUGCAGCACCCCGGAACCUUGUGAUGCGUACUAUAUAUGUUCCAGUGACAACAAGUGCCAAUGCCCUUCAGUUCUUCCCUCCCAUUCUUGCAACAGCGGGAUUGUCUCUCCGUGUGAUCCCUCCAAGGGUUCUACGGAGCUUGUAAAUGCUGGGGAUGGGCUCAACUACUUUGCACUUGGGUUCCUUCCACCUUCUUCUAAAUCUGAUUUUAAUGGUUGCAAAGCCUCCUGUGAUGGUAACUGCUCAUGCCUUGCUUUGUUCUUCCAGAACAGUACAGGAGAUUGCUAUCUGUUUGACAGGAUAGGUGGCUUCCAAAACUCUAAUAAGGGCUCUGACUUCGUUUCAUACAUUAAGGUCUUGAGUGAUGGAGGCCGUGGCGUAAAUACUGGAGGAGAUGGUAGCAGCCAAAAGCGCUUCCCAUAUGUUGUUGUUGUAGUAAUUUCAGUUAUUAUUGUCGUUGUUGGUCUGCUUAUUGUGGGAUUUCGAUACUACAGAAGAAGUAAAAAAUUGCCCGACUCUCCUCAUGGGACUUCUGAAGAGGAUAAUUUCUUGGAGGGCUUGUCCGGGAUGCCACUCCGUUUUACUUACAGAGAUCUUCAAACUGCAACUGAUAACUUCUCUGUGAAGCUUGGGCAAGGAGGCUUUGGCUCAGUUUACCGAGGGGUUCUUCCUGAUGGAACUCGACUGGCUGUGAAGAAGUUAGAAGGAAUUGGACAAGGAAAGAAGGAGUUUCGAGCAGAAGUUAGCAUCAUUGGAAGCAUCCAUCAUCUCCAUUUGGUCAGGAUUAAAGGCUUCUGUGCUGAAGGAACACAUCGGCUUCUUGUUUAUGAGUACAUGGCAAAUGGAUCUUUAGAUAAAUGGAUUUUCAGGAAAAAUAAGGAUGAGUUCCUGUUGGAUUGGGACACUAGAUUCAAUAUUGCACUGGGAACAGCAAAAGGACUAGCUUACCUACAUGAAGAUUGCGAGUCCAAGAUUGUCCACUGUGAUAUAAAACCUGAAAAUGUGCUUCUUGAUGAUAAGUACCUCGCCAAAGUCUCAGAUUUUGGUUUAGCCAAGCUAAUGAAUCGAGAACAAAGCCAUGUUUUCACAACCCUGAGGGGCACCAGGGGGUACCUUGCACCGGAGUGGAUCACAAACUAUGCAAUAUCAGAGAAGAGUGAUGUCUAUAGCUAUGGGAUGGUGUUGUUAGAGAUAAUUGGGGGAAGAAAAAACUUUGAUCCAACUGAAACUUCAGAGAAAUCCCAUUUCCCAUCCUAUGCUUUUAAGAUGUUGGAAGAAGGGAAACUAAGAGGCAUCCUCGACUCAAGGCUAAGUAGAGAUGUGAAUGAGAAAGUUUUUGCUGCUAUCAAGGUUGCAUUGUGGUGCAUACAGGAAGAUAUGCAUCUAAGACCAUCAAUGACCAAAGUCGUCCAAAUGCUUGAAGGUCUCUGUGCUGUUCCUCAGCCUCCAAGUUCCUCUCCGCUGGGUUUCUUUAAAUCAAUCAGUGAGGAAGGCACGUCCUCCGGACCAUCGGACGGCAACAGCGAUGCCAAUCUUUCUGCAGUGCGGCUUUCUGGCCCAAGAUAACAGUAACUGAAGAUAUCAUGGUUGAGUUUGUCAUGGCUUAGUUUCCACAUUAAUGUUCCUGUAUAUUUGUGAGAAUACUCAUAAUUUUGUCAUACUAGCCAUUGCUUGCACUUUCUCACUCGUUCAAGCGCUUCUGCUUGUAAAUCGAGAAGGAUGAUUAUGACUAAAGUAAUGCAAAUUCCAGGAAUGUUAUUCCAUUUCAUGAUUUGAAGUAGCUGUCAAUUCCACCAUCCACACAGCAGAACAGAACAGACCGAGAAAGAAUACACUGAAGAUGCAUCUGUUAUGUAUACUGAGGUUUUAGCCACAAACCUGGUCAAAGGGAAUAAACACCUUGCCCAUUGCUUUUUACAACAUCCAAGCGUCCGACGAUUAUUUGCAGGGCUAGAAAC